AUGAAACGCCCACGGUCCCAACUGAAUGUACAUCUGGGAAGUAACUGUGGCAUGGAUAACAUCACAAGUAGUGGUACCGACUCAGAUGAACAGCGUGACACUACUUAUGAGACAGAUUUGACGGAGCCGGACGAUACCCUGAGCCCACGAAAAUGUUUUUGGGCGGAUGAAAGCCACCCCGCUUUGGAUUCAGGAGAACCUGAUGAUGUGGGAGAAUUCUAUGACAACCCGCUUGAUGAUACUGGGAUCGGCCUGUUCAAGAUUCCCGAAGAUUUUGAUAAGGCAGAAGGAACAAUCUUGCAGUGA